UCAAAAUGUGUGUGUGGAAAAAAAAGUGUCGAUACUGUGGGACGUAGACACAACAAGCUGUCCAUGUGUACAGUUCUACCGGCGAACGAAGAAUACUCUUUGGACAAGUCUGGUUGGUCUUUCUCUUCGAUAUUCUUUGUUUUUAUAUUAUAACUUAUAAGUGGUGUCAUAAAUACUAUAGGUAUGAUUGCGGAAUAUCUGACGGCAAUAUCUACAAGCCCAUGGAAUAAUGAUCAUUUUUAUGAUUUUGAAGCAUCUGGAAAUGAUAACAGUUUGAAUUAUUAUAAUGACUUGAAGCUCACUUCAAGAGGGACCAGCAGACGUUCCUCGGAGUGCAGUGACAGGGAAUCUGAGUUGUUUUGCACAGACAGCUGGUUCACGGAUUAUGACAGUGUUGUUACCUCGGCUGAGAGCUUGCCAGAUAUAACAUUAGUGAACAGUUAUCUUGAUGAUUCUGAUGGUUACCAAGGCUUGGAGUCUCCCAAUGUAAGCUUCUGUGAAACUGAUGAUGAUGAUGAUGAUGACGAUAGAUCUUCACUCAACUCUGAUGAUGAAGAUGAAGCUGAGGAUGAGUAUGAUGAUGAUAUUUAUCCCAGCCCGAAGAAAAGCAAAAGGAAUUUAUAUGAUGUCACAUGGAGUGAGAUGUCCAAAGAAGAACAUAUCAGAACAAUAGAGGAACUCAUAUCACUUAUUUCAGAGAAGAUGAAUUUGAGAGAUCAAUUAGAAAUUAUUCGUAUUAUCAAUCCGAAAGCGCAGGUUUCACCAACUGCAAACGAAUUUAUCAUUGAACUGGAGUGGCUAACAGAUGAGAAGCUGCAUAGAAUUCGAGACUACAUCACACAAACAUCAAAACUCAGCAAGUCGGAGUCAUCAAAGGAAGAUAAUGAUGAGGAGGCAGAUGAAAAGUGCUCAACAAAGAGUACAUCAAGCAAGCGUAGGAAAUCUAAGAGAAGUGCUAGAGAAAGAAGACAGCAAAUGAGAGCGCAAAUGUUACGGCAGUGGAAGGAUAAUAAACAAGCUGUGAAAGAGAAAAAGAGCGGACUCUUUAGAAAUGAAAAGGUUCUCUCUGUAGAAAGGGUUCAGGAUGACUGUGAGGAAGUUGAUAUAUUGGGCUGACAUUACAGCAUGUGUAUACCGCCCUCUACUUCUACACAGAAAAAUUAAUGAAUGCAUAUUAUUCUCAUCACAACAUAAUUGUGUUCUUUCUUUCUUCACCAAGUUUAGAUUCAGAAACUUUAUUUUCAAAGUAAACAGAUAUAAUUGCAAACAGUUAAUUUGCACUAUUUUUGAAUAAUGAAUUUAUAUAUUUAAACCCCAUUCCCAGCAAAAUUUCAGUUAUUAAGAAAAAUCUGAUUUUUAUAUAUGUUA